GUAGAAGGCCGCCGGGGCAAAGCCGUUCGUCGCGCGUGCGCAAUCUCUCCUCUUCUCCCGGCCGGUCCAGGAGGAAGACCGCGCGCCGGCGGAGAAACCGCCGAGGAAAAAGCCGCUUCCCCGGAGUAAAAGAGCGGCCGGCGUCGCCCCUGCCGACGGCCCCCGCCAUCCGCUUCACCGCGAAGGAUAUUCAGUCAGCGGCGGCCCCCGGUCAAGAAACGGGACAGGGGGCGGGGAUUCUUCGCCCGAUUGUGAGCUUUCCCGCUUGGCCUUUGGAUCUUUGCCGCAAGUGAUGGAGACGAGCGGCAGCCCUCAGACUCGAUAAACGUGCCGGUGGGCUGGUGUUCCAGACCAUGGACUCACUGAGACACCCUGAGGUGUGAAAAUGUUGGGCAGGAACAGGCAGCUGGUGACUGACUUUAUUUCUUACAAGCUGUCUCAGAGGGGCUAUAGCCUGAGCGAAGUCGAGGGGGCCGCCGAAGACCGGACUGAGCUAACCGGCGAAAUGGCCAGCAUCCCAAACGGGAGCCCGUCCUGGCACCCCGGCGCCAGCCCCGUGGUCAACGGCGCGACCGGGCACCCGAGCCUCCUCGAAGACCGCGAGAACAGUCCCGGGCCGGACAUGAGGCAGACGCUAAGGGAAGCCGGCGACGAGUUCGAACUGCGGUACCGCCGGGCCUUCAGCGACCUCACCUCUCAGCUGCACAUCACCCCCGGCACGGCGUACCAGAGCUUCGAGCAGGUGGUGAACGAACUCUUCCGGGACGGGGUGAACUGGGGGCGGAUAGUGGCUUUUUUCUCCUUCGGCGGAGCCCUGUGCGUGGAGAGCGUCGACAAAGAAAUGCAAGGCUUGGUGGGCCGGAUCGCCACCUGGAUGGCCACCUACCUGACUGACCACCUGGACCCGUGGAUUCAAGAUAACGGCGGCUGGGAACGUUUUGUGGAUCUCUACGGGAACGACGCAGCCGCCAAAAGCCGGAAGGGCAAGGAGCGCUUCAACAAGUGGCUGUGGACGGGCGCCACCGUGGCUGGCGUGGUCCUCUUGGGCUCCCUGCUAAGCCGCAAACAGCCUGAGACGGAUCUCCUGACCUCGGCCGGGGCUCCCACGCAUCAGCUUCGUCGAGGAUCGCUACCGGGCGAUCUGCUUGCUCUUCAGCUUUGCAGCUCCAACCUUAGGGCGUCAUUCCCUACGAGUGGGGGGCUCCCCCCCGGCUCCCAGGCGCUGUGCUGCACCCCACCUGGAGGCCUGCCGUUCCUCGAGAUGGUAACCCCUUUGACUCACAGCCCUGGUGUUCGUUUGAUUGUAUUUUGGAAGACCCCGCUCCGCCCCGCCCCCGCCCCGCCCGGCAGGCCCAGCACUUGUGGGGAAGGCUGUGGGCGUGGAGCCGGCUACUGGUCAGGGUUUCCCGGCAAGGGAGAAAAUGCACGCCUCCCCCCCCAGCCCCGCACGCUCCGCACGGUGUCUUCCGAGCUCAAUAAAGAGACUUGUUCUAUGCAGGUCCACAUGUGUCUUCAAGGCACAGAAAUGGCCAGUGAGGACCUCACGGCCGCUUGCCUCUAA